AUGGGUAAUAUAAAUUCAAUAUUGUCUAAAACGGAAAAAAAGACAAUAGAUGAAGCAAGUAUUGAACAUCGACGAAAUUUAGGAUGCUUUACAAUUGUAUGGCUUGAUGCCAAUGAAAAUGAAAUUAACGACGACAAUUUAAAUACAAAAACUAAAUUAGCUAAUGUUGUGGUUAAUAUAAAAACAUUUAACAAUUCAAGGCAAUGUAUUGACUUUUUAUCAUCAAUAGACGAAAAUCAAAAAGUAUUCCUUAUCGUAAGUGGUCAAUUAGGAGAACAUAUUGUGCCAGAAAUUCAUCAUUUUCCACAAAUAGAAUUGAUAUAUGUAUUUUGUUUAAAUAUAAGCAAACAUCGAAUAUGGGCUAAUGAAUACAAAAAAGUGGCUGGUGUAUUUAAUGAUAUAAGUUCAAUUUGUGAUAAAUUAAAAAAUGACACUUUUUCAUCUACAAAUGAUUUAUUGCCAUUUAGUAUUCUUGAUAAAAAUGAUACUAACAAAUUAGAUCCAUCAUUUAUGUGGUUUCAACUUCUCAUUCAUAUUUUGUUGCAUAUGAGUCGUACAGAUGAAGCAAUACAUGAAAUGAUCGAUGAAUGUCUAAAGAAAUAUACAGAUGAUGAAGAACAAUUAAAAAUUAUUGACGAAUUCAAGAAUACCUAUUCUCCUGAGAACGCAAUUUGGUGGUACACCCGUGAAUGUUUUUUUGUAUGGAAUGUUGAACAAUGCAUUAAGAACGCUAGACAUCGAUACUCUAUUUAA